GUACCAAGAGAGUAGCGCCACCACUAGUUCGCUUAAAGUCAAAUCUAGACAAAAACGUUCCUUUCGUCCAUAUUCGUUUCGAAGUGCCAGACAUGGCCAAGGAGAAACCCACCAGAGUGCCCGCCGAGGCUUCUAAGGCGGAUAAGUCCGCCGCACCAGCAGAAGCCAAAGAUAGCGGCAGGAAGAGGCCACUGUGCAGGUUGUACUGCAAGGCGGUGUUUGUUGGAUACCGGAGGGGUCUUCGCAACCAGCAUGAGCACACAUCCCUGCUGAAGAUUGAGGGUGUUGAUGCACGCCGUGACACAGGUUUCUACCUUGGGAAGCGUGCUGUCUUCGUCUACACUGCGAAGAACAAGACACGGGUGCCUGGCCGCAAGAAGCAGUACUCCAAGGUGCGGGCCAUCUGGGGCAAAGUGACACGUGCUCACGGUAACAGUGGCAUUGUGCGUGCCAAGUUCCGACGCAACCUCCCCGCAGCCGCCAUGGGACGGCGGGUGCGCAUCAUGCUCUAUCCGUCUCGCAUCUAGGCGACAAUAAAAGGAUCAUCUCAGCCCCGCG